AUGCACAAGCUCCUAGAUUUGCUUCAUGAGGCAAUUGCCAAAAAAUUACCCCAGAAGUCGUUCAUACUCUUACUGGCUCUAUGUACGCCAGUUAGUGGUGAUGAAAUCAUACGAAUAUUUCAAUCUCCACUCAACGAUGAACAAAUUCGCCUCUUUGUGGAUUGGGCGACAAGCUCGAUAAACAAUUGUCGCCAAUUCUGGACCAAUUUGGGGAAAGUCGAAGAUGGGGUACAAGUGAGGUACUUACAAGAGGUGAGGAGAGAAUACCGUCACCAGGAUUUUGUUUACAAUGAGUUCACGAGAUAUGCGUCGGAGUAUUUGAAGAGCAGAACGCCGUCUUCUGAAGUUGUCAAUGAGCUUGUACAUUUGCUUGGUGUUGCAGAGGACUCAUCUUCGGGCGAGUUUAUUGAGUUGUUCAAGUUGGUUAAGCAGACAGGAUACAACUUGCAAUUGCGUACGCGAGGUGUACUUACGACGGAUCAAUUGAAUCGGUUGGCUGACUUGAAAUUGAUAGAGACAGAACAUACUGAGGACACACUAGAGGCUGCAGUUUCUCUUGACGUCACCACUAAGCUUGAUACGUAUCUCGAGGUGAAGAGGAAAUUAUGGAUUUAUCAAAUAACUCGUGAUUUUAGCAAGCUACAACUUUACAAAGAUACUGGUAGCUUCUUACGCCAUUUCAAAGCCCUAGUUGCCAAUCAGGAUAACCAUAAAGUGGCACAGGCGAUGGUUCUGCUGUUUCCGUUUGACGUUGUUGGGUUUCAUUUAUUCAAUGUCCGGUAUUUCAUACUGACCGUAGUGCUUCCGAUAUUAAAGGAUCUAGGCGCUAGUGUAGAAGAGCUAGAUGUCACGAACGAAAUUGAACAGUUAUUGAUACCCAGGACUCCACCAGACCUAAAGAAGUUAAAGGACUUACUCAACUCUGAUCCUGAAUUUGUUUCACUUGAAGAGAGUGGGAUUAUACAGUUCAUUUCUGACUUGUCGAAAGCGGGCUCUCAAGAUGUGGUGUGUGAAACCAUAUUGGAUUGUAUGAGAGAGUUUAUCGGCACAAGGCAAUUAGAGAAAUUGAAUCGAUUAUUGCUUGCACUUUUGAGCAACAUUGACAUGGUAAACAUUAUUUUGUUUCACACUGAUUUGUCUAUUUUGUACAUAUUGAUUGACUAUGUUGAUUUUGAGGCAUUUACCAUGGGACCUGACGAAGACUUUCAAGAUGUUUACUCAUAUUGCGGAGUUGCUGUUCUCAAUAUCUUCUUAAUCUUGGAGGUUUUCCAGAUUGACUUGUCCAAAAUCGAGCUCAAUUCAUACACUGUUUCCUUAGUAAACAAUUUUUACUAUCGCUUGGGUGAUAACCUCACAAAUAAUACCCCCAUGGAGAAGGACAACGAUGAUUUGACGAUUAUUGGCAAUUACAACACUUUAGUAACUGAAUGGAUCAAUGCGUUAUUUGACGAUUCAAAUGACGGAUUAUCGGAUGAAUUAAUGAAGAGUUUGAGCAUCAAGCAAAUCUACAAGCUAAUGGCAAUCAUCUACAAGCAAGCGAUCAUGGCGACAAAGUUGGGGAAAAUCAGUAUGGCGAUAUUGAGUAAUGGACUAGAUUAUUUGUCACAACCAUUUCUUCUACCUGUGGCGGUUUGUCUUAUUAAAUGGAUGGCCAGGGAUGAUAAGAACUCACCAUUGUAUAAACAAGUGAUUUCUGAUUUGAUAAAGUCAAAUAUUGGUGCUGACGCAAAUCCCACAUCAAGAGCUAUGUUGAAUAUCUGCGGAAACGACGUUUCAAGCGUUGUUGGUGAUGCCAGAAUCAAACAGUAUAUCCAUUACAAGGAUGAGACAACGUCUACUGCAAAUGUAUGGGAAAAAGUCAACUUUACUUCCAAAUUUAACCAAUUUGACAUUCUUUUGAAAAAUAAACGUGAGACAAUGAUUUACUUGAUUCAGGAGGUGUAUGCAUUUCAGGAAACAAAAGACGAAAACAUCAAACUUUUCAUCAACUUGUUAGUCUCAAUACUGAUUUUAGAUUCAAUUCAGAAUGGAGACGACGUGGUGUACUGGAAGCAAGAAUUGAACAAGACUUCAAGUCAAGACGUAGGAAACAGCAGCAGCAGCAGCAGCAGCAGUAGUAGUAGUACUGAUGAUGUCUUUUCAUGUACAUUGGAUUACCACUAUUCGUCAAUUUUCAAUGACGAUGUUGACAAAGUCACAGAAGAUGUAGAGGAUUUCACAAACACUAAGGGUGACGACGAACAAGGCGACAUUGAAAUGAAAGUGCCGACUAGUGAUGAAGUAAAGUCAGCACAGCAUCAAUUGAUUUUGCAGGAUAGUUUACUCGCGCAUUUCAAAGCUAUCAAAGACAAGACAACACACAAUAAUUUGUUUUACAACACAGUGAGAUUACUCACUGACAAAAUUUUGGAAGAGUUGGAUACUUGGAGUUGA